GGGACGGGCCACUGGCCGGCCGGCGAGCCCCUCGCCACUGCCAGCCUCCAGCCCCGGCCAGGCGCUGCGUGGACGGAGUGUCUCCGCGAGCCCGGCGACGAUGAGGCGCUCGGCGCCCCUCCGGCGGCUGGCGCUGCUCCUCGUGGGACUGGCGGUGCUGCGAAGCGGGCGAGUGCGAGCCGGAGGAAAAUCCUACACUGGACCAUGUGCAGGAAGAGACUGUAGUGGGGGAUGUGAAUGUUUACCGGAAAAAGGAGCUCGUGGCCAACCAGGACAGCUUGGGAUCGUUGGACCCCCUGGACCUCCCGGAGUGGAAGGCAUCCCGGGAUUGCCAGGGCACAAAGGUGACAAAGGAGAAAGAGGCCGACCAGGAAUAUCUGGACCAGCAGGAGAAAAGGGACAAAGAGGGAUCACUGGAUUUUCUGGUGCUGAUGGCGUUCCUGGCCAUCCGGGUCAAGCAGGAUCCAGGGGAAAACCUGGCCAUGAUGGCUGCAACGGGACCAAGGGGGACGCUGGCCAGCAGGGAAGCUCCGGGAAUCCAGGCCUGCCUGGUUUCUUUGGGAACCAAGGACCCAAAGGUCAGAAAGGGGAACCAUUUGUGCUGACUCCUGACUUAGCUAAAGAGUUCAGGGGGGAUCCUGGCGAUCCAGGCCUGAUGGGCUUUCCAGGUCCUCAAGGUCUCCCUGGUUCUCCAGGUGUAUUUGGGCCUGUUGGAGAUCCAGGACUACCAGGGCCUCCGGGAGUACCGGGACCUCCAGGAGUUCAAGGCAACAAAGGUCUUGGCUUUUUCAGAGAAAAAGGUGAAAAGGGUGAUAUUGGUCCCCCAGGUCCACCUGGGCUUCCAUCAACUGUAGAACUGGUCACCUCAACAGAUACAAUCACAGCUGAACACAAGGGAAUGAAAGGAGCAAAAGGAAUAAGGGGAGAACCUGGAAUUCCAGGUUCCUAUGUAUAUAUAACUGAAAAGGGAGAAGAAGGAAUCACAGGCUUUCCAGGACAAAGGGGUUUGCCAGGCAUCAAUGGUCUAAAAGGAGCUGAUGGAGACGUGGGCAGCCCAGGACAGGACGGCUUCCCUGGCCCUGAUGGUCAAAAAGGAAUGAAGGGAGAGCCAGGAGACCGAGGUGUUCGAGGCCGGCCAGGUUAUGCGCAUCAACCCAUUCUGAUUAAAGGCGCAAGAGGUGAGCUGGGAUCUCCGGGUUUUCCUGGUCCUACGGGAGACAGAGGUGAACAAGGCAGUCCUGGCAUUCCUGGUCAGCCAGGACCAUCCCCGGAUAGCUCUGUAGGAAGAGGUUUGCCUGGAGAAAUGGGGCCCAAAGGUUUUCCUGGUGAUACAGGGUUCCCAGCUACAGAACCAGGUCACCCAGGGUUAGAUGGUCAGCCUGGACUACCUGGUUUUCCUGGCUCACCUGGCCCUCCUGCUAGUUCAGAGUAUUCUGUUGGGCUGAAGGGGCUUCCUGGAUUUCCUGGCCCUGGGGGCAGGCAAGGAUUCCCAGGGCCACGUGGACAAAAAGGCUUGAAAGGUGAGGCAGGGGAUUGUAUUUGUGGAGGUGAUGAAGGAAGAAGGGGCCCUGCCGGGGAACCAGGACCCCCAGGUUUUCCAGGCCCAGGGGGACAACCUGGGAGAAAGGGAGAAACCGGCAAUCAAGGCCCUCAUGGUGUCCCUGGAUUUUCCGGUGAAAAAGGAUUAGCUGGACUGCCCGGACUACCUGGACCACGAGGCCCAAAAGGGGAUGCCCGAUAUGUAACACAAAGAGGUAUAAAGGGAGACCAGGGAAUCCCUGGGGCUCCUGGAGUGAAAGGAGAAGAUGGUUUACCAGGCAGAGAUGGGGAAGAUGGUUUACCAGGACUUCCUGGGCUUCGUGGUGAUGGUGUAAGAGGUGCCGUAGGGGACCCUGGAGAGCCAGGACCGCACGGCCCUAAGGGCUUUCCAGGUGAAGUGGGUCUGCCUGGGGUGAGCUUGCCCGGCCCCAAAGGAUAUCCAGGUCCUGCAGGUGACGUUGGUGCGUUUGGAAGUCCUGGUUUUCAAGGCCCUCCAGGUCCUCCUGGGGCUCCUGCAGAAAUAGAUUGUGGACAAACAGUGCAAGUCUUUUUGCCUGGAAACAAGACUGAGCCACCACGGUCAGGUACCGGUUGCCCUACAGCCCCAAAAGGGUCUCCAGGAAGUCCAGGAUUACCAGGACCAAGAGGUGCAAUUGGAGUCAAAGGGUUUCCAGGAGACUUUGGUCUGCAUGGCCACAAGGGGGUGAGCGGCCCUUCAGGAGAUCAGGGCCCGGAAGGCUUAGCAGGGCAACCAGGAUUUCCUGGGCCCAGAGGAAAUCCAGGUCUACCAGGAUUACCUGGGGAAAAAGGCUUUCUGGGCAGUCCCGGUUUACCAGGCUUGCCCGGUGCUCCAGGGGCAAAAGGAAUUACAGGAGAUAUCCUAGGAGCACAGCCAGGCCUCCCUGGAGAUGCCGGUCCACCAGGAUUCCCAGGACAGCAAGGCCAUCAAGGAGAUCAAGGUGUACCAGGAUUUAGAGGCAGUGAUGGGAUUCCGGGGCCACCUGGAAUCAAAGGACAUCGUGGAUUUUCGGGUCCUUCUGGCUUGACUGGUCUGCCAGGACCGCAAGGAUCUUUUGGAUUCCCUGGAAUGCCCGGCCCACAAGGAUCCAUAGGAAGAAUGGGUUCUCAGGGAUUUAUUGGCUCACCUGGUUCACGAGGGGAUUCGGGGGAUCCAGGAGCACCUGGUCCUGUAGGCGUAAAAGGUCCUUCUGGUACCAAAGGUGAACCAGGUUUCUAUGGCGUUAAAGGCAAAGCUGGUGAGGAAGGCCUUACUGGAAUACAAGGAAUGCCUGGCCUCCCAGGUUUGAGAGGGAGCAAAGGUUCCCCAGGUGUUGCAGGGUUCAAAGGUGCCAUGGGCUUCAAAGGUUGGCCAGGAUCGAAAGGAGUCGUGGGAGUACAGGGUUCCCCUGGGAUUCUAGGUUCGCGAGGCCUGACUGGUGAAGCAGGACAGAAAGGUGACCGUGGAGCACAUGGCCCACCAGGCACUCCUCCAAAAAUCAUGCUAAGCAUGCUUCAGGAAGUGAAAGGUGAAAAAGGAGAUGAAGGAGAAACGGGGAUCAAGGGCUACCUUGGUUUUAAAGGCAGUAAAGGGAUGCCAGGCUACCCUGGCCAGACAGGAAGACCAGGUUCGCCUGGAUUCCCAGGGUAUGAGAAGGGUGAGAAAGGACAGAUUGGGGUCCCAGGAUUCAAAGGCUUCCCAGGACACCCUGGUACCCAAGGACCUCAAGGCAUUCCUGGCUUCCCUGGAGCCACCGGACGCCGGGGAGAAAAGGGAUUUCCAGGGAUUUCCGGGACCUUUGGCAAGACAGGGCAACCUGGGGACAUUGGUAGUAGGGGAGAUACCGUAAACGUACCUGGAAUAACAGGCCCUAAAGGGGAGGCUGGUACCCCUGGAUUCCAAGGUGUGCGAGGCCCCCUAGGAGAAAAAGGAGAAAGUGGAGAUCCAGGUUUUUAUGGCAUUGAAGGAAUCCGGGGCAUACAAGGAGAACCUGGUUUAAGAGGGCAAGAAGGAUUCCCGGGACUGACUGGGGAACGAGGAUUGCCGGGGGAUCUAGGAAUUCCAGGGUCUCCGGGUGAAAAAGGAAGUUCUGGACAGCCUGGGUUUCCGGGACAGAAAGGUGGUCCUGGCCUCAAAGGGAUUCCUGGAUUAGAUGGGUUGGCAGGAGCUAAAGGAUUGCAAGGAACACCAGGUCCCGAUGCAUAUGGCCCACCAGGUUUCCAAGGCAUUUGGGGUGACAAAGGUACACCGGGAGAACCAAGUUCUGUUGAAGGCAGUUGGGGAGCCGCAGGUCAAAAAGGAGAGAGGGGAGAUCCAGGACAACGAGGUGUGGUUGGCGAUCCUGGACCGGCCGGAGUGCCAGGGCUUCCUGGAAUUUCCAAUAUCUCUGGAAUCCCUGGGGAAGUUGGAGCCGCCGGUUUUGAUGGCGUUCCAGGCUACCCAGGACUUCCAGGGGCACCUGGAAUACCUGCUCCACCUGGACCCAAAGGGGAAGUGGGACAGGUAGGCGUGUUUGGAGAAGAUGGUCCGAAAGGAUUUAGAGGAGACCCAGGUCCAGAUGGAAGGCCUGGGAUACAAGGAUUCCCUGGGGCAAAAGGACAUAAAGGUGAACAAGGAGUCAUGGGAUUUGUUGGUUUAGUAGGAAGUACCGGUGACUUUGGCCCUACUGGACCCAAAGGAGACAGAGGACCUACAGGAUUUCAAGGGCCUCCAGGUUCCCCCGGCGUGGCUCCUGUCCCCCCUAAACUGUAUGCUCUGCAAGGGGCACCAGGCCCCCAGGGGAGCAGAGGGCCUUCAGGCAGUUCUGGAGAAAUGGGUCCACAAGGUCCACCGGGAGAUCCAGGCUUUAGAGGGCAGCCAGGCAAACCAGGAGUGCAAGGGAGAGGUGGAAUAUCAGCAUCUCCAGGCUUUAGAGGUGAUGAAGGCCGAAUGGGACUGCAAGGACCAGUAGGUUUUGAAGGUACCCCAGGUGAUCCAGGGACCCCUGGGAUACCAGGUAUGCCAGGCCGCAGUGUUAACAUAGGAUAUCUUCUUGUGAAGCACAGCCAGUCAGAUCAAGAGCCAAUGUGCCCAGUGGGCAUGAACAAGCUGUGGAGUGGCUACAGUCUGUUGUAUUUCGAAGGGCAAGAUAAAGCACAUAAUCAGGAUCUGGGUCUAGCCGGGUCAUGUUUGGCUCGGUUCAGCACAAUGCCUUUCCUUUACUGCAAUCCCGGGGAUAUCUGCUACUAUGCGAGUCGCAACGACAAAUCCUACUGGCUCUCUACAACAGCCCCUCUUCCGAUGAUGCCUGUGAGAGAAGAAGAAAUUGAGCCUUAUAUCAGCCGAUGUUCAGUCUGUGAGGCUCCAGCCGUUGCCAUUGCUAUACACAGCCAAGAUGUGUCUAUUCCACACUGCCCGGAAGGAUGGCGCAGUUUAUGGAUUGGCUAUUCAUUCCUUAUGCACACGGCUGCUGGUGCCGAAGGAGGUGGUCAGUCGCUCGUCUCCCCGGGUAGCUGCCUGGAAGACUUCCGUGCGACACCGUUCAUCGAAUGUAAUGGUGCUCAGGGGACCUGCCACUACUUUGCAAACAAGUACAGUUUCUGGCUCACUACCAUCGACGACCAGUUUCAACACUCGCCCUCUGCAGAUACGCUCAAGGCAGGACUUAUCCGAACACACAUCAGCAGAUGCCAAGUCUGUAUGAAAAAUCUGUAAAAAAAAAACAUAAAAGGCGCUCCAGAAUGGCAAGGCCUAAAUCCUAUUGGUGCUUAUUUAACUUAUUACCUCAAAACCCAAACAAGACAUGUAUUCCAAUGAUUAUCUGGGAGAACCAAACCACGGCCACUGCUUUUGACUAAAUGGUGGUUUCUGUUAAAAUUCAUGUUAUAUACCCAUCUAACUUCUGUUCCGUUGCAAAUAGAACCAACUUUCUCUUACAAGUCAAAACAGUGGAGAGAUUUCGUGGCUUAACUCAUUUGCUGUUGGUUACGCCAAUUUACACUAUCCAGAUAUCUUCGUAUGCAUUUGUUCUGUAUGCUUAUCUCUGAAAACAAUUAACAGUCCUAACUCAUAGUCAUUUUAAAAAAUAGUCACUGAUGGAGCAAAAUACCCAAGGAUCAGCUGAGAAAUAUGAAACACAAAGGCUGCAGGGUGCAGGGGAGAGAUGUCUUUUUUAGUUUCUAAAACUCUGGCCAUAAUCCAGCACGGAGUGAGUCUGUAAUGGACCGUGGCCUUGGUGCUGUAACAAUAUUCCAGGGUAGCUUGUUUGUCCUGACAGGUUGUCAUCAAACAGUGUAUUGUUUUAUGUGCUUGCUUAUUUCCAUGUCCAGCGUUUCACAUACAGGAAGAGUUACAUGUCUCCGAGAAACAGUUGGCUAGUUACUCGCUCAAACCCUGCAACAUCUGGAACAAAGAGAUUUUGCUCCCUGAAUCUCACAAUUCAACCCCCAGAUGCACCACAUUGAGAGUCUCUCGAGACAUCUUACACGGGGAUGCUCAAGUGUAGGGGAGAUGCAAUGUUAGCCGGGAAGCGUAGUUUAAAAAGACAGAGCCGGUGGAGAUUGCUCCUCAGAGGAUUUGUUAAUUUCAUCUUCGCUUCCCCAAAGGGGAGGUGAAAUUGACAGAGCCUUCGGCCCCAUGGCAGGUGCCAUUUUAACUCUGCCUCUCCUGGCUGCUUCCAGGCAGGAAAGCUAAAUUACAGACCCGCAGUUCUCACACUCCCAACUUUCAGUUACACCUGAAAUGUUAACCUGGCAGAGUGAGAAGGCACCACUUCCCUCCCAGUUGUGUGAGUCUAGAUCUGCUUCCAACUGCAGUGCUUUCUCCAGCACUGCAAAGCAGUGGGAAAGGGAGGCAGAGCGAGAAUGAACUCCACUGCAAGAGAGUUGAACACUCUUUUAGCCUGGGGCCAGGCAGAUGCCUGGACAGUGAGAUGUCUGCAGGAACCUUGAUGCCAGCCCUGGCUAAGAGGCCACCAGGCACACUUUCAUUGGAGGUUCUCUCUUCCCAUGCUUCGGUGCUCAAUUAGUUUGUAAUUUUCCACAUCAUAAAUAAAGAAGUUUGUUUUUAAAAUUGGA